AUGCUUUCUAGAACUUUAGCCUUUAAGAAAGGUCUACAAUUGGCCGGUCAAAAGAGAUGUUUGUCGAUCCAUGAAUUCAGAUCUGCAGAACUACUUAGAAAGUACGGCAUUGGCACCCCAGCCGGUGAUGCUGCCUUCGAGCCAAAGGAGGCCUCCGAUGUCGCCAAGAAUCUCGGAAACAAAAACUUGGUGGUAAAGGCUCAAGCCCUCACGGGUGGUCGUGGUAAGGGUCACUUUGACACUGGUUUGAAGAGUGGUAUCCACAUGGUCGAGUCUCCAGAACAGGCCCAAGACGUCGCACAGCAAAUGCUCAAGAACCGUUUGAUCACCAAGCAGUCGGGUGCCAAGGGCAAGCCAGUCAGCGCCGUCUACGUCGUUGAGCGUGUGGACGCCAAACACGAAGCUUACUUGUCUAUCUUGCUGGACAGAGGUUCCAAGAAGGCCAUGAUCAUUUGCUCGAGCGAAGGUGGUAUGAACAUCGAAGAAGUUGCUGAAAAGACUCCCGACGCCAUCAAGAAGUUCACUGUCACUGCUUCGGAGGGUUUGACCCCAGAUGUUGCCAAGCAAAUCUCUAAGAGUUUGGGUUUCUCUGCCGAGGCAGAAGCCGAUGCUGCGGAUGCUGUGACAAAGCUUUUCAAGAUCUUCCAAGAGAAGGAUGCGUCGCAGAUCGAAAUCAACCCCUUGAGCGAAGUUAUUGGCCAGAACACCAAAGUUAUGUGCAUGGACGCCAAGUUUGGUUUCGAUGACAACGCUUCCUUCAGACAAGAGGAAAUUUACUCGUGGAGAGACUUGUCGCAAGAAGACCCAGAUGAGGUGGUGGCCAAGAAGUCAGACUUGAACUUUGUCAAGUUGCAAGGUAACAUUGGCUGUUUGGUCAAUGGUGCCGGUUUGGCCAUGGCCACCAUGGACGUGAUCAAGCUGUACGGUGGUGAUCCUGCCAACUUCUUGGACUGUGGUGGUGGUGCCACCCCAGAGACCAUCGAGACUGCGUUCAAAUUGAUCUUGUCGAACGAGAACGUGGAUGCCAUCUUUGUCAACAUUUUCGGUGGUAUUGUGAGAUGUGAUUUCGUGGCUCAAGGGUUGGUUGCUGCGACCAAGAACUUGGCCGUCAGAGUUCCAAUUGUGGCUCGUUUGCAAGGUACCAACUUGGAGGAAGGUCGUCGUAUCAUUGAGGAAUCCGGCUUGAAGAUCUACUCCUUUGACGAAUUGGAUCCCGCUGCCGAAAAGGUUGUGCAAUUGACGCAACAGUAG